AUGUUGACUCUUCUGUCAAAAGUUUGCAUUGCGCAAAUUCUGGUAAAGUAUAAUUCUGUCGCACCUCAUGUUCUUGACAGCACCAUCUCCAUCGGUAGCUUAAGGUUGGUAUGUUCAUUUAAUAACACGAGUGUUGCUUGCAGCUGGCAUGCUGUUAUUUUCGUUGAAGAACUCGCCAGUUUUGUAGAUCAAAGCCAAUUAGUAUUUCAUCAUUCGAUAAGUGCUGUUGAACCGUUUGGUAACAAAGUGCCAAACCGUGCUGUUUCCGAUUCUAGGUCUGCUGUUGUAAGUGUAAACGCUCCCAGAGGAAAGGCUUGUGAGUGCAUUCUGAGUAUCACUGCAUGUAUUUCGUUCUCAUCUGCAAAAUCGUCUGCUUGUGCCAUAAAUUUGCCAAUUUUGAUCUAUUAA